CUGCUGACGCUGCGGGCGGUCCCAGGCCUGCUCCGCUCGUGGGGCGUGGCCUGCAUCGACGAGCAGGCCCUGGUCCAGUCUUUCAUGGACGCGGUGAGGGUGUGCCGCCGGCGGAGCGCCCUCGAGGCGCUCCGGGGCGGCCUGCGCGGCACCGCCGGGGGCGCCGUCGCGCUGUUGUCCCAGCGAGGCCUUCGCGACGCCUCGCGGGCGCUGGCCGAGGCGGAGGCUGCGGCGGAGCCGCCGGGCCCACGGCCCUGGCAGCAGCUCCACGAGAAGCUGCACGCCAGCGCCGCCGCUCUGCGGAAGCUGGACCAGGCGCGCCUGGCAACGGGCACGCCAGCGGGCGCCGUCCCCACGCGGGGGCUUCUGGGCGCGGCGAGGGCCGAGGCGGCUGAGGCCGAGGAGGAGCUGAGGGGCGCGCUGGGCGAGGUAGUCGCGUCCGAGCAGGCUUGGCGCAGGGCGUCGCUGCGGGAUGCGGGCGCCGUCCACGGCGGCGACUUCGCGCACGCGGCGGCGCCGCGCUCGGAGGUGCAGCGGCAGCUGCGGCGCGCUGUCGUAGCGGCAAUGGCCGCCGAGGGGCGCGACGCGUGGCGGCGUGCGGUGAGCGGGGAGCUGGAGCUCUGCCAGGGGUCCCCUCUCGUCCUCUAUGCGGCCAGAGAGCUGCAGGAGGCCUGGAGCCUCGCGUGGGAGGGCGAGGGCUCCGCGGCGCUGUGGCGGGCGGCAUUGGGGGCGCACCGGAAGCCCGACCCCGCGCGGGCGGUGUCCCUUCACGACUACUUCGAGGAGUACGGGCGCGUGCCGCCGCCGGCGCUCCCACAGCCGCGUGGGCGCGCCUGGUGCGGGUCCUGCUGGGCGCGGCCAGCUCCCCCGAGGCGGAGCUGCUGCUGCGCCGGCGGCUCUGAAAGGGAUGCCUGCCACCGCGAAGCCGCACAUUGCGGGCGAGUGCCGCGCACGCGCCG